GGGAUUUGGAUUUUUAGAUUCAAAAAAUAUAUACUUCUAUAAAGAGUUUAAGAAUGGAGAGAGGAAAAAGGAAUGAAGGCAUUAAAGGAGACAGCGUAGAUGAAGUCAAAUUUGAGGCACUUCCAUGUGCUCUCCUCACAUGCUUGACCAACUCUUGUUCUUCUCAACUGUGUCUGUGUGUGGUACUCAUUACUCAAUACUCAAUAAUCAUCUGUCUGUGUCCAGAACCCUACUGAUUCCUUAUUAUUUUCUCUCCUUAUAUUCAUCAAUUAAUCCAUUCCUGAUUCCUGAAUCCUGAAUCCUGAUUGAGAAACCAAAUCACUAGAAAGCCAACACCUUCAUGUGUUUAUAGUUGAAAUUCAAUAAUCAAGAGAAAAAUGAAAGAGGGAGGAGAUAGUCAUAGUGGUGGAUUUGUUAGGGCAGAUCAGAUUGAUCUGAAAAGCUUAGAUGAGCAGCUAGAAAGGCAUCUUAGCAGGGCAUUAACCAUAGAAAAGAACAAGAAAAAAGAACCAGAAAGCACUCAAAGCCAUGAUUGGGAGGUCGAUGCUUCCAAGCUUAUUAUCAAAGCUGUCAUUGCUCGUGGUACUUUUGGCACCGUUCAUCGUGGCAUUUACAACGCUCUCGAUGUCGCCGUUAAAUUGCUUGACUGGGGUGAAGAGGGUCAGAGAACGGCUGCUGAAAUUGCGUCUCUCAGGGCAGCCUUUACACAGGAAGUUGCUGUGUGGCACAAGCUUAACCACCCCAAUGUUACCAAGUUCAUUGGGGCAAAGAUGGGGUCUUCAGGGCUACAAAUACAAACAGAAAGUGGUCUAAUCAGCAUGCCUAGUAAUAUCUGUUGUGUUGUUGUGGAAUAUCUACCUGGGGGUGCCCUGAAGAACUAUCUCAUUAAGAAUCGAAGAAAGAAGCUAGCUUUCAAGGUUGUUCACCAGUUGGCGCUUGAUCUUGCUAGUGGGUUGAGCUAUCUCCAUUCUCAGAAGAUUGUUCAUAGAGAUGUAAAGACAGAGAAUAUGCUGUUAGACAAAUCAAGGACUCUGAAAAUAGCAGAUUUUGGUGUUGCCCGGGUUGAGGCGUCAAAUCCUAGUGAUAUGACUGGAGAGACUGGAACACUUGGUUAUAUGGCCCCUGAAGUUUUAAAUGGGGAUCCAUAUAACAGGAAAUGUGAUGUGUACAGUUUUGGCAUCUGUUUGUGGGAAAUAUAUUGCUGCGAUAUGCCAUAUCCCGACCUCAGUUUUUCAGAGGUGACUUCUGCUGUGGUUCACCAGAACCUACGGCCAGAAAUACCAAGAUGUUGCCCAAGUUCAUUGGCAAAUGUGAUGAAGAAAUGCUGGGAUGCAAAUCCUGAUAGACGCCCCGAAAUGGACCAAGUAGUUUCCAUGCUGGAGGCGAUUGACACAUCGAAAGGAGGAGGUAUGAUUCCUGUUGAUCAGCAGCAAAGUUGCUUAUGCUUUCGCAGACGUCGAGGACCUUGAUAGCUGGCUAUUAGAAAAACCUAUUUUAGGCUAAAAAAUUGUAGUUUGGAUACUGGUCAUGGCCUUAUGGUUUGCUAGAAAUAACAGCCAACUUGUAAUUAUAGUGAAAAGUGAAAGUGUUGCGAGUAUUUACAGAGGAGAAAGAACAUUUUACCUGAA